UAAUUAAAUACAAUUCAAAAUAUAUCUUUUGAUGUAAUAUUGUUUUAUAGACGACAUCGACUCGAUUUCCAUGUGUUGUAAAGAUAGGUCCGUCUCAUUCAGGACAGGGAAAGAUGAGAGUAGAGAAUCAGCAGGACUUUUACGACUUGGCCAGUGUUGUCGCCGUCACCAAAACCUACUGCACUAUUGAGCCAUUCAUUGACGCCAAAUGUGAUGUUCAUAUCCAAAAAAUCGGCAAUAAUUUAAAAGCCUAUGCUCGUAAAUCCAUUUCUGGUAAUUGGAAAGCAAACGUUGGAUCCGCUGUUUUGGAACAAAUCAAUGUUAACGAGAGAUACAAGAAAUGGAUAGAAGACGUGUCCGAAGCGUUUGGAGGACUGGAUAUCUGUGCCGUUGAGCUCAUUGUUGGAAAGGAUGGAAAAGAGCAUAUUAUUGAAGUGACGGGAUCUGCGAUGACUCUUCUCGGAGAGUCUCAAGAGGAGGACAGACGAGCCAUCGCUGACUUAGUCGUACAGAGAAUGCAAUACAUCUGUAGACCGGCCUUUGGCAAACGUCCGAGUAUUCCAACAGGUUAUGGAAGCACUGAAGAACAACCAUCUGAUGGACCACAAUCUCAGGCACAAAUGGCCGGUAGGGUUGGGCCGACUGGUCAGCAGCCAACUAAUCCGACGCCUCAAAGGCCUCCACAGAGACAGCCAUCACAACCAGUGGCCCUACAGGCGGGCCCUCAGACACAACGAAGAGGAUCUAAAGACCAAAACGAAAUCAACUCCACUUCUGGGGUCACGAAUCCAUUCUCUCAUCAGAACGCAGGCAAUGUUGGCGUUAAUCAAACACCAGUUGUUGAUAAUCAACAAAAUGUAAACCAAAAUCAAAGCCAAAACAGGCCGACACUCUUCAGAAGGACUUCUCAAACCGGUAAUGAAGAGCCGAAAGGAGAUGAAGGCGAAGACACGAUGAGAAAUCUGCGUAAAACUUUUGCCGGAAUUUUCGGCGAUAUGUGAGCCAUAGAUGAUGACUAUAGGCGAACAUCAUCUCAUAUACAGAAUAUAAUUAUAAAACUAUACAUUA